AUGUGGAGGCUUGCAAUGCGUCUUGCCGCAGCUCUCUCGUGCGCGGGGGCUCAGCCGUCUCCCACCCCCACUGCCGCUGCUCCUUUUUCCCGUGGUUGGCGUCAAGACUGGCUUCGACAAUUUACAGGACGUCUACCGGAGAGGCUCAACAUCAACACGCUGUGGGCCCGGGGAGGGCCGCAGUGGGAUCUUUAUGUACUCACUCUGUCAGAACUUCAGGCCCUCCACGAGACUGACGAGCUCUCGUUCGGCAUUACUGAAAUUCAUGGGUUUCCUCACAGUGCGUGGAACGGCGUCGGUCAUGUAGACGGCGCUCCUAUCACACGCUUCUGUCCUCACGGCCAAGUAUUGGUUUUCCAUGCGGUCAGAAUUGCGGGCCAGUAUCCUCCGGACCUCCUGCCCGAGUAUGUCGCCGCGGCCCAGACAUUGCGGCACCACUACUGGGACCGGGCGUCAGAUCCCACUCUGCCUCCUGCCAUCUGCGAAUCCACUGUCACUGUUAGAGCCCCGUGUGGCAUUUCGGAGAUCGCCAACCCUCUGUACAGCUACCUCUCUCAGCGCCCCGCGGUCGAGUCCGGGUUCGGCGGCUUCCUGGCUACCCGGCCUCACACCAUCCGGUGCCUUGGCGACGGCAGCACACCCAGCAGCGUCACGGACUCUAAUACUCACAUGAGCUCGAUCGCAGAAGAUCUGACCAGUGAAGUGUACGAUAUCUUCGCCAGGACCAAGGCAUUUGACAGCAUCGGAUGGCGCGUCUCAAGCUUCGAGUACCCGCACAAUCGUGUCCACAUGUGGGCGGUCUGCAACAGGACUUUUUCGGACGUCAACUGGACCGCGUUUGAUCCCGUGUUCAUGUUGCAUCACUGCAACCUUGACCAGCUCGUUGCGAUGUGGCAAGUGGUUAACUCCAGAGAGGCGAUCUUCACGGUUACCGCAAACUCCACCGGCCGGUACGUAACGCUUAAGAUCACGACCGAGUCGGCCGACAGCCCGUUGAAGCCGUUCUACGACCAAAACAUCAACUUCCACACCAGCAGUUCCGUGGCAAACAUUACCACGUUCGGGUACACAUACCCCGAAAUGCCCGAGUGGAAAAUGCCGCCCGAAGCGCGCGCCGGCCACGCCAGGGCACAGGUCAACUCGUUGUACAGCCGAAGCGAAAACGUAUCGACCAGUCGAAGGCCGUCUUAAUAAACACGGGAUCUGCUGACCAUCCGGCGAAGUUGAGAACUUACUACUACACGGCCGAGUCAUCGUAGACAGGAGGGAGAUGCCCCUUCCGGCCAGUGUGGGACUGCUGGUUGGAGACCAGGCCGUUGGGCACAUGGCCCUCCUGGCCACGCAGCGGGACGGGAUGGCGUCCUUCAGCUUGCCACUGCGGGACAUACCCUUCGGGAACCAAAGCAUCAGGGACUUGCCGCUUCCCCAGGCCGCCGCCUUCCUACAGCGGACCUGACCGUCGAAGUGCGAACGAUCAAGGGCGACGCAGCCCCCCUCAGUACAAUCCCAAGCCUGCAUAUCGAAAUCCAAGCCACUGACUACCUCCCGCGGGCAUGCGACUCGGCGUUCCGUGUCUUUGGAAAUGCAAUGAGAUGGCCGGUCGAGGUGCGCCAGCACCGAUCGCCGUGAUGGUGUUGUCAGGCGUUAAUCCUUUUCUGCUGUGUCACCACUUUUGGCGGGGUAGAUUCUGCUCCCUUUAUGCGCCUUCCAUGUUUUGGAGCGGGAGGGGGAACGCUGACUCCUCUGUGUCGAACCAAUGCUGAGGAGGUUUCAUCCAGGUUGUGUAACACCACGUUGUCGGGCAUUUACAGGAGAUGGGAGAGCGAGGGGUGUUAGUUCGUCAUCAGGCAGAUGGAAAAUGGCGUGAUGGCGAGGCUCUCUUUUAAACCUCGGCUGUGGUUGGUGGGAGACUGCUCUCUGCCCGUAAGAGUCGAGUUGUAAUAGAUAAGGAAACGUCAAGGGGCCAAGGUAAAAUGGAACCCAGGUGGUGGGAUCCUCCCCAGUUUCCAAGAGUCUUUUGCUGG